CUCAUACUUUUCUUUGGGUGGUGGCCACCAGUCAAAUAUUGUUAGGAGUUGUGACGAUUCUAUAAGCUUCGGCAGUCUUUGGAAGGGGAAGACGUAGUUUAAAAGAAAUAAUGCAAAAGAUACCAUAGUCACCAGUUGAGUGCAUCUAUCACUUAUUGGUACUGUUGUCACCACACAAAGUGAGUUUCAUUCUGUGAUCAUUGUUUGAUAUCGUUGGAUAGGUGAAAAAAUUCUGCAAAUAUGAGCGAAAUCUCCGCAAUUGUCUCUAUUUCACCGGACCACAACAUCGAUCAGGAAAAAUCCAACCCACUACACAUUCCUUCGAAUAAUGAUGCACCCACAAAAGAAGCUGCAAAAAGCCUAUUCAAUUGGAAAGCACUGACAACGUUUCGAACCACUUUUAAAAUUGGAGAAAUAAUAUCAGCCAUUGUAAUUCUGGUGUUUGUCCUAUCCAAACGUCGCAUUUAUUACAGGGACCCUUUGGGCACUCCGCUUGAAAUUUCCUACAUUUUCCUCGCUAUCAAUUCGCUGAUCGGAACGGUGCUGCUGCUGGGUAAUUCAAUAAUUGAAGCGCAACCUCUUGGUCGAGCAUUUACGUCGGUGCUAUGGUUCAGGGUGGAGCUGUGGUUCAACGGAUUGACGGCAGUCAUCUACUACACAUGGGGAUAUUGCGUGCUGAUGAGUGGUUUCCUCAACUAUGAAAUCGGCAACAAUCAUUUGGCGGCUUAUUUUGGCUUUUUUGCUGCUUUGCUGCAUCUGGUGGAUUGGUGGAUGAGUUUUAGCAAGCGACAUGCUACCAUAAGGAAGCUUGAGAACGAGAAAGAUGAUGCAGCUGAGAAGGAAAAUUUUGUUUGACCAGGUUGACACUAUCGUCCAACAAAUUUAAAUGCACUUAAAAGCUAUGAACUUAAACAUGUUUUAAAAAAUCACUUUAAAUAAAGUAAAAAAUAAAUAAAUAAAUCAUUCGCUCAACUACUGCAUCGUUUAUUUCGUAGUAUCUGGGACACCACAUCUUUCCCGGUCGAUUC